UUUUUCUUCUUGUUUUACUUCUGCAGAAACCCGAUUCGCAAUUUACGCUCUUUUUCGUUUGCUUCUUCUUCUUGUUUUUCUUCUGGUGAAACCAUUUAAGGAGAAGGAAGACGUUGUAGUUGUUGAACCAGAGAGAGAGAGAGAGAGAGAGAGAGAGAGGAGAACCCCUCCAAACCCUAAACAUGGCGCAUAGGUUGCUGAGGGACCACGAAGCCGACGGUUGGGAGCGCUCCGAUUUCCCCAUCAUCUGCGAAUCCUGCCUUGGAGACAGCCCUUAUGUUCGAAUGACAAAAGCAGACUAUGACAAGGAGUGUAAGAUUUGUACACGGCCAUUUACUGUGUUUAGAUGGAGACCUGGUCGAGAUGCUAGAUAUAAGAAAACUGAGAUAUGCCAGACAUGUAGCAAAUUGAAGAAUGUUUGCCAAGUGUGCCUUCUGGAUCUUGAAUAUGGACUCCCAGUUCAAGUUCGCGACACAGCUCUCAGUAUCGAUUCCAAUGAUGCCAUUCCAAAGAGUGAUGUUAAUAGGGAGUAUUUUGCUGAAGAGCACGACCGCAGGGCUCGAGCUGGUAUAGAUUAUGAAUCCUCUUUUGGUAAAGCACGCCCAAAUGAUACUAUUCUGAAGCUUCAAAGGACAACACCAUAUUACAAAAGAAACCGGGCACAUGUUUGCAGUUUCUACAUAAGGGGUGAGUGUACUAGAGGAGCUGAGUGCCCUUAUAGGCAUGAGAUGCCUGUAACUGGGGAGUUGUCUCAACAAAAUAUCAAAGAUCGUUAUUAUGGGGUGAAUGAUCCGGUGGCUAUGAAGCUACUUGGCAAGGCAGGAGAGAUGACCUCUCUGGAGGCUCCUGAGGAUGAGAGCAUUAAAACUCUAUAUGUUGGUGGACUGGAUGCUAGGGUCACUGAGCAGGAUUUGCGGGAUAACUUCUAUGCCCAUGGAGAAAUCGAAUCCAUCAAAAUGGUUCUCCAACGGGCUUGUGCUUUUGUAACCUAUACAACCCGAGAAGGUGCAGAAAAGGCAGCAGAAGAACUCUCCAACAAACUGGUUAUUAAAGGCCUAAGGCUAAAGCUGAUGUGGGGCAGGCCUCAGUCAGCAAAACCUGAGUCAGAUGUCUCUGAUCAAGCAAGGCAGCAGGCAUCUGUGGCUCAUAGUGGAUUGUUGCCUCGAGCAGUUAUAUCACAGCAGCAGAACCAGGAUCAAACCCAAGGAAUUGUUUACUACAACAAUCCACUUCCUCCUCCUCCUCAGCAGGAAAGAAGCUAUUACCCAUCAAUGGAUCCUCAAAGAAUGGGUGCUCUUGUCCCAUCUCAAGAUGGUCCUCCUGGUGGGCCUACUGGGUCUGGGGAGAACAAACCCAGCUUGGAGAAGCAGCAAAUGCAACAUUAUCCCCAUCCAAUGAUGCCACCUCCACCUGGCCAAUAUCAUCAUCAGUAUUACCCUCCAUAUGGUUAUAUGCCACCAGUUCCCCCUUAUCAACAGUACCCACCACCAUACAAUGCUCCACUGGCUACAUCACAGCCACCAGCUCCAAAUCAUCCAUAUCAGCUUUCUAUGCAGCCAGGGUCUUCACAGACUGGGUCUGCACCAGCCGAAACUGGAACAUCAACAUCAGGGUCACAGCAGCAGUGAAAUUUGCCCAUGUAUUAGUGCUUGUUGCUAUGUUGAAUUAUUAUUAGGCAUAGUUUUUCCUUAAACUGACCAUGUCGAAAGGGAAGAUAUUUUGGCUCAGGCAGCCAAUAUACUGUCUCAAGUAGCUUGAUAUUGUUUUGCCUUGUGGCUUGAACAAGUUGAUUUACGGUUCAAUUUUGUGCUUUUUUAAUUACCCUUUGUCUUCCUGGUCAGAGCAUUGUCAUGCUCAGCUUUUGGUAAUAAAGUAUCUGGUAAAA